UCUCCAAUGGCUAGGCAUGUGUCUGAUUCUCCGCCCAUGGAGACUAGCGGAGCACCAUACCCCUUCCCUCAUCUCUCUCUCCCUCCCUCUCCUCUUCCUUCGCGCCAAUUCAAAUCCCUCCCGCCAAACCCCGCGAACUCUCCCACCAUCUCCUUGCUCGCCAAGGCCACCCACCCCUCCCACCUCCCCCAGAUCCACGCCCACCUCGUCAAGACCGGCGCCGCCCGCAAUAAUUUCUACCUCUCCAAGCUCCUCUCCCUCCUCCUCCGCUUCCGCCGCCUCACCGACGCCCGCCACCUCCUCGACCACGCUGACCGGCCCAACGCCCUCCUGUGGAAUACCCUCCUCAAGGCCUAUGCCCACGAUGGCCUCUUCUUUGAAGCCCUCUCUCUUUACAAACAAAUGCUUCGCAGUGGAGUCACCCCUGACUUCUAUACCUUCCCCUUUGUCCUCAAAGCCUGUGAAGUCCUCUCCACUGGAUGUGCUAUCCAUAGCUCGGUCGUAAAGCUUGGUGUUGAGUCCAAUCUUCAUGUUCGGAAUUCAUUGAUUGCUUUUUACUGCAAAUGUUUUGCUGUCGAGCUGGCUCAGAAGGUGUUUGAUGACAUGGACGAGAGAGAUUUGGUUUCAUAUACUUCGAUGAUUUCAGGGUAUGCUAAGGUUGAGGACAUGGAGCGUGCAAUGCUGCUCUUUGAGGCAAUGCCUGAGAGAGAUUUCGUGUCAUGGGGAGCAAUUAUUUCGGGGUUCAUUCAGAAUGGUUGCCCUGAAGAAGCUUUGUCUCUCUUCCGGGAGAUGCAGUUAUCUGGGGUUCCCCUGAGCGAAGUUGCGAUUGUUAGUAGUAUUUCUUCAUGUGCGAGCUUGGGGUUGAGAAGUUUGGGGCUCUGGCUCCAUGCUCUUGUGGUUAGGCAUGGUCUCGAGAUGAGCGUCUUUGUGGGCACAGCGCUUGUUGACAUGUAUGGCAAGUGUGGGGACUUGGAUAAUGCUCGUCGGAUGUUUCGCUCGAUGACUGAAAAGAGUGUGGCCUCUUGGAAUGCUUUGAUUGGUGGACUUUCUGCGAAUGGAUGUGUUGAGGAAGCCCUAUUGGUCUUUGAAGAAAUGAUAGGAAUGGGAAUCGAACCCAAUUCCGUUACUCUGUCUUGCAUUCUCUCUGCUUGUAGACAUGGAGGACUUGUGGAGAAGGGGCAGUACUAUUUUGAGUACUUGAGUAAGGAGUAUGGGAUUUUGCUGAAUUUGGAUCACUAUGGAUGUAUGGUUGAUUUACUGGGGCGAGCAGGGCUCGUGCAUGAGGCUUAUGAAAUGAUUUGCUCGAUGCCAAUGGAGCCCAAUGAGAUAGCCUGGGGAGCACUGUUAGGAGCUUGUAAGGUUCACAAAAAUCUUGAACUGGCAGAACAAGCACUCAAGAGGCUUGUGGAGCUUGACCCGAGGAAUGGUGGGAACUAUGUGCUACUUUCUAACAUGUAUGCUGAGCUUGGUAGGUGGGAAGAUGUUGAGAAGGUGAGAGUCAUGAUGAGAGGUCAUGGAGUGGAGAAAACCCGAGGUUGUAGCUCUAUUGAGGUGGAUAGUGUGGUUCAUGAGUUUAAUUCAGGUCUUCAGUCCCAUCCUAAUGCUUCAAGAAAUGUACAAGAAGUUGGAAAAAUUGUAUGGUAGAAUGGUAUCUCAGAAUUUACAGUAAAAUGGAGGGUCACUAUGCAAGCAAGCACUUUGUAUACCAUGCUGGGGGCAGAAAUAACAGCAGUUAAAAUCAGCUGGUCUACUCCUUGUGGGUCUGAAUUAAGUUACUGUUGCCCACUGCUCCGUUGGCGGUAUGCGGUAAGUUGUUUUUUCUCCACCCACUGUUCUUUAUCAGCAUCAUGAUCUUUCAAUAAUGGAUAGCUAAACAAGUUCAGGAAUCUAGAUUAGAGUGGAAGUAGGGAUCACUGCUAAAAUGAAGAACUUUAAGAUGAAGGUAAUAAUAAUAUUCCAUGCUCCACAAGGAGAAUAUAGAUGUUGUUCCAAGGGGAGAAGCUGUUCUGUAAUCAUGACAAUGCCUAAUGACAAGAAUUAUCCAUGGAAUUUUGCAAUUUGUGCGGUUA